AUGCCCCCCCAAAAUGCAAGAUCAGACUGGAGCUGCCUCGCCAGCCCGCACCCCCCGCCCGCCUUCUCGGUCCCCAGCAGCCAGCCUGAUUCCCGAGAGCGUGACAAUAGCCGCACGCGGCCCGGCGAGCGGGCUGCACCGCACAGAGUUCUGCGGAUCGAUGUCGGCGGGAAGGGCUGCGCACGAGUGGCCAGCGCGGGUCUGACCCGGCGACACGGCCACCUCCGAGGCGUCAGCCCCAUCACGGGGAGCCCAGCAAACAGAGGGGCCGCGGCGACCGGCACGGGGUGCUCCUGCUGCUCGAGCGCGCGCGGGGAGGCGGCAGCCGCGGCUGGCGGGCCGGACACGGCGCCGCGCGGCUCCUCGGCGUGUCCUCCGGCUCGAGUCUCCACCGCCGUCAGCCGCCCGCCGAGUCCAGCCAAGCAGCCCAGCGGCCCGGGCGGCUGCCGGGGGCUUAAGUCAACAUCUUCCCGCAGUUUCCCACACGCCGCUCCGCGACCCAGGGGGGGGCUUUGCCCACACGCGCGCGCCUACCGCCGCACGCUCCCUUCGGAGCCAAAAAAGCAAAAUUCAAAACCAAGAGAUGCGUGGAGACGAGGAGAGCGAGCGAGGCUGGCGGAGGUGCGCCGACUCGGGAGUCUCCUGGCAGCGGCGGGGGGGACGGGCGCCGCCGGGGAGCGAGGCCAAGUCCGUCAGUCGGUCGGGAGAAGCCCGGAGUGCGCGGGCAGCGGCGGCAGGACCUGCAUCCGGCGCACGCGCCGCCCCUGCGGCCUGGGGCACGACUCAGCCGCCGGCCCUUCCUCACAUGUCGGGUCUCCUGGCUCGGGGGGUAAGGGGGCUCUGCGGACGGAGGAGACGAGGAACUCGGGAUCGGGGAAAGCGACGGGAGGCGCAGGGAAGAGCCGCGCCGCCGAUGCACAGCCGCCGAGGGAGGCUGGUCCCCCUCAACAAUCACCAAGAAUCCUCCGGAUGGCAUUAAAGAAAAUAGAAGUGCAUCUUGACCCAUGUGUCUGUCCUGUGGAAAGUCGGAAGUCAGAGCAACGGGGCUGUGUGGGAGCUAGGGAGAAGAUAUAAACAUAUCAGAAUAUGAGAAAAUAUGCUGUCACAUCCUGAUGAGUCUGUAAUCUCUAGCCCAUCACCACUCUGGAGAAGGAAAGGAUAAGAAAAAGGAACAGUUUCCAGCAUUCAAAUGUCAACCCUCCUUAAGAGCCUGAUGGAUUACUUACUUCUUAUUGGAAUACAGUUUGGAUGCCAUGUCAAAGAGCCCUCCUUUAUUUCUUGAAUACCAGUAUGUGAGAAAAGGAAAUAAUUAAAGACAGUACAAUCUGAUACAGGAUGCAAAAUGCAGAUUCAAAUAGAUGGCUAAACAUGAAAAAACUUCAGGCAUGUUUCCAGGUAGUGUGAUAGUCUUAAUGAGAAGGAACAGCACAACAUAUUAAGCUGUGUGUUUCACUUGGAUGACUGUGUACCAGCAACAUUAUCAUGCAAAUCACUGGCAUUUUACAGUCAUAUUUUAGCAUGCCUUUUUCAACAUCACUUAGUAGUGGCUAGUAAAACUUCUGUUAGUGGAGGCAGCCAAAAAGAUGCUUGCUGUAGCUGAGUUCCCAAAUCUGAAGUUUGAACAUCAGUUUCUAAUGGCAUCUUACAUAUUACAGAUGACUACAGCAGUCAAAACUUGAACAUAAAAGACCAUUUAAAAAUUGUUCUUAUGUACUUUUAGCUUUAAUUGAGCUCCAUAUUAGCAGGUUAUCAAAAUGUCAUUAUUGAGAAAUUGAAUUCUCAUUAAUGAUAAAGUUCAGAAGCUAGAUAACCCCAGGAGAAGCUAAAGGAAGAGCAGGUGUUAAUUACAAAGAGAAACCUAUAGGUCAAGAUAAGUGCAGAUGCUGUCUUCAGAUAUUUGCAAGACUUCUUAUGUAGGGCACAUGGAGAGUGUCUAGCACACUGACAAAUGGGAGAGCCAGAGAAGUGGACUGCAGCUCUGUAGAGAGAAAAAUCUAAAACAAUGAGCACUGCUUAAAUAAUACUCUAAGCCAUAAAACACUACGUUCCCUGUCUUAGGCAUUUUCCAGAACUAUUCACAUGUGAACUCAAUUUUCUCUUGCUUGAAUUCUGGGAGAACAUUUUAGAAAACAUGUUAGAGCCACUCCAGGCCUUAAGAUCAGGAGAUAUAAUGAGUCACUUCUUAGUGGAUUUUUCUGUAUGUCUAGGAAACCUAGUCAUGAUGCUCAAAUAGCACAUUCAACCGCACACUGAAAAUCCUGGGCUGGACAAACAGGGACUUAGUGGAGAGUUCUCAAAAGCCUCCAAGGCGACAUGCAAAUUGGUUCAAAGUGGCUUCCUUUCAAGAACCUUUGGAGUCACCAGGGGAUGAGGAGAGGUGAAGAUUGAGUUCUCCUUUUGGUCUUGGCUUUUCCAGCUGGGGUGCUAUCACAUGUGGCCUCUCCUACUGCUUACGUUAGACUUCCUCUCUGGAUGAAAGGAAAAUUUUUGGCAUGAUCCUCAAACUCUACAUUCACUUAAGAAACAAUAAUUGCUCAAUUAAGAGAAGCAGGAGCUUUUCUUCUCUGUCCAAAGAAAUUAAAAGAUGAAGAGAAAAUUACACAUCUCAUGGGAAUGCUCAUCUUCGACAUGAUUGCUGACUAAGAUAAAGGGAAGUUGUGGCUAAUUUAGAGAUUAUAAAUAUAAAGAAGUUGCUGAUUCUUGACUCAAAAUAAUGCCUACAUUUCAUGUAACAUUAGAUCGAUAAAGUUCCAGUUUAUAUUAGUUGUAAGUAGUAUUUUCAUUAAAUUUGGUUUUGAAGUUUCCUAGGGUAGCCCAUCUUCAAAUCACACUAAUGGAAGGGACUCCGGGAAGGGUUUGUGUAACAUGUAACCUUAAUGUGCUCCAGUGCUGUGCUGGAGUGGGUGACCUCUGAAGAAUGGCUGUCCACCAGAUGUAUGGCACGUUACCUACAGAGCUGAUAUUGCAACUGCCAGGAAGUUAACUUUUAUUUUUACUAUAAAAAAAUACAGACUGCUGUAUACUUAUUAAUUAUUUACCUCCUUUGUCCUUCCCUGUCCAUUCUCAUCAAACCUUUGCAUUAGGGUGUCCUGGUGAAAUUUCUCCUACUGGGAUGUUGUUACCAAAUGGCCCUGAAACUUGCCUCCAAAAGGCCCACCCAUAAAAGCUUUUACAAGCCAACCCCAUUUGGUUGGCUGUGAUCCAGCUGUCUCUGCUGAACACAAACAUCAGCUACAGAGAAGCAAAAACUUCCAUGGCACCCUGGAGGAACUUUUUGAUUCCCCAAAUGUCACCACGAACUCACGAAUAUUUCCUUGUGUCACAAAGACCCCGAGAAAAGGACUGCAUCUGUGCAAUGCUUGUUCCCAUUUGCAAACCUGGUCCCCAACCCCAGACCAAAGACUGUCUUCAAUAAACAAGUAUUUAUUUGAUGCCUAUCACAUCUAAACUUUAAGGAUCCAGAAAAGGACAGUCAGGAGCUAAUUUUAAUGAUGAUAUUUGUUACGCGAAAGAAGAAUGACGUAUUGCUUGCGUAUUAUAAAACUGAAGAUACUCUAGGAAAUAACAUUAACAUAAAAAUGAAAAUUCAGUGUCUUUUGUUUUUUCUCCGUUUCACAUCACAAAAUCUUUUCAUAUCAUUCAACAAUGUUACCUCACUGAAGUAAUUUCAGCAACAAGUGAAAAGCACAAAUUUUGUAACAUUGUCCAAUGUGGCACCCUCCCAUCUCUCAUGUGGACUUCUUGCCUGUAAAAUAUUAAGGCCUCUAUGAUGCAUCAGAGCCCUGAUGGUGAGCUGACUGAACAUAGAAAAAGCCUGGAUUGGGUUUGCAAUGUGCACUGUGCAGCAGUACUGAUAAUAAUAAACAUUUAGAAAGUGUU